GGAUCAAGCUUCGCCAUCCCUCAGCCGACUGGCGCCUUUGUUUUGGGCCAGCAAGCGGGUCUGCACUGCAACUCCGACCGGCGCCAACCAACCAACAGCACCUUCUCGAACUGCACGCACGUCGUCUGUACCUGACUCUCCUGACCCGCCGCUUGACUAUUGCCCCCGCUCGCAUUGUCAACACACGUCAAAACAUAGAUACUGUACUCCGCCGACACUACCACCGCCGCCGACACAGCAUUGCACCUCCUGUUUGCUGUUCGUGCAGCCCGACCAGCGAAGACGAAGAGCGAAGAGUGACCCGAACACGGACCGAGACGAUCAUCAAUUUAUCUUGCAGGCAGCUUUGGGCAGCAGCCAUUCCAUUUGCACCGCCGGUUGGAGGGGUCGGUCGGCUUUGAGUGCGCAGCACAGUAUGCUCCCUUAGGGCAACAUCGAGAUCCAUACCUUUUUGGCUGUUGCAUGGUUGACGAAUAAGAUAUGGCGGUGUUGGAGCAAUCUUGGUAAGAGGGAGAGGAUAAGUGAGGGGAGGGAAGAGGGAAGAGUGAGUGGGUGCUGAUAGUUGUUGUCAUAGGGUCAAGGUCCAGGAGAAGACGUUUGGAAAAUGGCUCAACAAUAAACUUCAAGUCCGCAACCUCCACCUCGAUAAUCUCGUCAGCGACCUCAGCGACGGCGUCAUCCUCAUCCAUCUCCUCGAAAUCCUCUCCGCCGAAUCCCUCGGCCGCUACGCCGCUCGUCCUAAACUCCGUGUGCAACGCUUCGAGAAUGUCAAUAUCGCGCUCGACUUCAUCAAGAGUCGGAAGAUUCAAUUAACGAAUAUCGGAGCGGAAGAUGUCGUGGAUGGGAACCGGAAGAUUAUUCUCGGGUUGAUUUGGACGUUGAUUCUGCGAUUCACGAUUAGUGAUAUCAAUGAUCAGGGCCUGUCUGCGAGGGAAGGUCUGUUGCUGUGGUGUCAGAGGAAGACAGCGUGCUAUGAUGAGGUCGAAGUGAGGGAUUUCUCGAGUAGUUGGAAUGAUGGGUUGGCGUUUUGCGCUCUCUUGGAUAUCCAUCGACCGGAUCUGAUUGAUUACGAUCAAUUGGAUAAGAGUGAUCACAAGGGGAAUAUGAAGCUUGCAUUCGAUAUUGCGAGCAAAGAGAUUGGAAUUCCGGAUCUUUUGGAUGUGGAGGAUGUGGCAGAUGUGGCCAAGCCGGAUGAGAGGUCUUUGAUGACUUAUAUUGCAUACUGGUUCCAUGCUUUCUCGCAAAUGGAGAAGGUCGAGAAUGCGGGGAGGCGAGUGGAGAAGUUUGUGAACAAUAUGCAAGGAGCGUGGGAGAUGCAGAAUAACUACGAGAGGAGGAUGAAGGCGCUUUUGGCGGCUAUUGCGAAGCAAAAGGAGGAUUGGGAGGUUGCGACGUUCGAUGGGACGUACGUCGAUGCGAAAGAGCAGAGUCGAGAGUUUACCAAGUAUAAGCAAAAGGCCAAGAGGGAAUGGGUUGCGGAGAAGAGUGAAUUGGCUGGCAUGUUGGGCAAUAUCAAGACCAAGUUGAAUACAUACCGGUUAAGGCCGUAUCAGCCUCCGAAGGAGCUGAGUCUGGAAGCGCUGGAUGCUGCUUGGAGCGAGUUGAUGGAAGCCGAGAGAACAAGAUCACAAGUCAUCAACAACACGAUCCGCGACAUCAAGAACAACUUACGGAAAUCCUUCGCGGACAAGGCUAAUGACUUUGCGCUCGCGCUCAAGACCAUCAGUGUCAGCAUAUCCGGCCUCGAAGGCGACGUCGAAGAUCAACUGGAACAUACUUCGCAGAUUUCACGGAACUUGCCUCCACUGGACCAGUAUUUGGAUAUCAUCGCGAGUCUGGAUUCACAAUGUCAAGAAGCGAACAUUGAAGAGAAUGACUACACGACAUACACAUACGACGAGUUGGCAUACGAAUUGAGCCUUGUGCGGAGCUCCGUGCAGAAGAAAUUGGCUUUCUUGGAUAACCAGAUUGUGGCGAGGAAUAUGACGAAUUUGACUCCGAUUCAGUUGGAAGAAUUCGAGUCGGUCUUCCGACAUUUCGAUCGCGAUUUGUCGAAUUCGCUGCAGGAGCUUGAGUUCUCGGCUGCGUUGGCUUCGUUGGGACUGGUGUAUGAUGAAGAAGAAAUGCAUGAGCGAUUCCUUGAAGUGGCGGGACGAGGAGGAUCUGUUUCGUUCGAGCAGUUCAUCCGAUUCAUGGUCGAUGUUACCGAAGAUCAGAAUACCGCGGAGCAGGUCUUUGAGAGUUUCAGAGAGGUGGCGGAUGGAAAACCUUAUGUGACGGAAUUGGAUUUGACGCAUAGUCUGAUUCCGGAAGAGGUGGUGAAGGAGUUGAUGGACAGUAUGCCUUUGCAUUCGGGUCCGGAUUUGAAAGAGGAUCGGGAUCUGCCGAAGUAUGAUUAUGUGAGUUUUAUGGAGAGGUUUCUUGGGGGCGAUGAGGGGAAGAGUAAGAAUGGUGGGGCGGUGAAUGGGCAUCAUCGGAAUCAGUCGUCUUCGAGGGGUUAGGAAGCUGAGAGGAGGAGGAUGAUGAUGGCUUUGAUGGCUAGGAGGGAGGUCGAUGGAGCUGGUGAGGAGGAUGAGAGGAGGGCGAUGGACGGGAGAUUUCGUGCGACUCCUUCGCCUCCUUGGGGCUUGAGUUCGGCGAGGAGCAGUCCGGUUCGUCGGCCUCCGUCUCGGCUCCUGAACACUACAGAGACGGACGCUCGCAAGCACGAUGGCAAUACGAGAAGGCACAGCGAUUCCGUUAUGGAGCAGCGUCAGCUCGUCGUCCAGCAAGAUGCUGACACCAACACCGAAGAUGGAAGAGAGAGUGCAAGACUGCUGUGAAGUGGAGAGGAAUUGGAUGUGGGGAGGACAGCGUGGUGAGGCGAAGUUGAUUGGUUUUAUUGCACACACUACUAUUACUGUAGGGUCAUACUACUGUGUCCAUUCCGAAACGAGCACGACUUAUACGAUACUUGUCUUUCCUCGUGGGCGUUCUGAGCGAUUCAUCGAUUAAUUCGUUCCAUCGUACAUAUCCGCAAUCAUAACCCAC